AUGGCUUCUGACCGAGACCUAAACAUCGGUAAGGCCUUUGAGGGGACUCUCUGCAGUACCCUCGCCCGCAUGUCUGCCCCUUCUCCCCGCCAGGUUUCUUCCAUUGGCCUCGGCUCCUUAGCCAUCACCGAUGGCUCUGCUUCCCCAGCUGCAGCUGGUACGUCUGUCGGUGUGGCGCCGACGCCAUCUUCGGUUCCCGCGUCCCUUAGCCAGCAUGAGGCCCAACCCGCUCGUCCUGGCCUGUCACCUACAUUGGGUCGAACCACUACCGUUGUUGAGAUUGGUAGCGACGAAGAUGAAGAUAUGGGGGAAGGUGAAAGGGUGGAAGCCGACGAUGAGAUGGAGGGAGGUGAAGAUAUGCCGGAAGAUGGCGGUUCUAAGGUGUCGGACACAUCUUUGGUAGCAAGGAUCCUGGCUAUGAGUCCCAUCCACAUCGAUGAAAAAGGUUCCCCCGAGAUAUAUGUGCGUGGUCAGAACUCCAACGGCUAUGUGCACGUGGCGUAUUACAAGGAGCAAGCCCGAGUGAAGGCCGAGAAGGAGCAGAAACGCGGCCAAACUUCGGAUACUGUUGACAACGCCCCUCCUCCUUCAGCGAAAAAGGCCAAAGGUGCUCGUCCUUCGUCUUCGACCUCUGGCCAAGCUGGAUCCCCUCGAACAGCGCGGGACAAAAAUACGUUGUGGAACCUGUUUGCUGCUGAGCGUGACCAAUGGGAAGUGUGUAGUGUGGAGGAAUCGUGUGAUCGUUGCCGACGUGAGAUCGUCACUUAUGGGAGGAAAAGCUGGCCCUGUCUUCGCCCGGUCAAACCUCACAACCGCGGUUCUCGAUGUGCUUCUUGCACCACCGGCCCCUGUUCUUUCUUUCCUGGCAAUCCUGCUCGAGGAUUCCCUCCUCGCUCCACCGACCACUCUCCCCUCCCCCCUCCUAUCAAUUGGGGGAGUCCCUCCUCAAAUCCAUUCAUGGUUCAGUCCACUCCGGCCACCCCGUCUCCCUCCAUGCGGCGCCGCCUUCCCACCGCCAACGAUGACGGCUUUCCUUCUCCCGUUCCUUUGGCGAACUUAGCCUCUUCUCGUCCUUCUCCUCCGACAGUCGGCUCAUCCCGACCCCUGCUGGCCGAUGAGGAUAUCGAACGUCUCACUUGUCCCCCGUCUCCUGCUGUCGCUGGUCCUUCUCGCCCAACACCCCGUCGCUCUCCUGGGUCUAGGCCCACUGCCACUCCUUCGGCUGCCGAUAGGAAAGAUAUGUCCGCCCUCAUCGAAUACAAUAUGAGACUCGUAUCGGCCCUUAACGCUCUGUCAACUUCCAUAGCGACGGUGGUGAAUUCAUCCGAUGUUGGUCCUUCCUCUCGCACUGAGUUAGCUAGGGUGUCUCGUGAACAGUUAACCACGAUGAACGAUAAACAAUGGCGUUGUUUGGCUACCAUCUGGGAAGCGUGUCUCACCUACAAAAAAAAGACACAGGGGUCGUUACGGCAAGCCUCGACAAAGUUAGGAAAGCCCUGCAUUGUCGGGUCUCAGAGUGAAAGGAGGUCUGACUACAAAGUACGGUGA